AUGUUGCGAACACUCAUCCGCAGAGCACACGUACACAAGCCUGGCUUCAGAUUCCCCGAUAGAAAAGCUCCGAAAGGAGAGCACGUACCACACCCACACCCAGCAGCACCCGAAAAGAUCGCCUCUUCGUUCGACCACUUCCAAAAGGUCUUUGCUUCCGGUCCUCAUUUCCACCCCGAGAAGCUCCAACAAGAAUCAUCACAGAGUAGUGCGGGAAGCAGCAAAGGUGGAAGCGGGUUGUUGGGGAACGUCGAUAUGAACGGUAGAGAGGUCGCGGAAGAUAUCCAUUUGCUGCCGGAAAAGUUCUGGAGAACACCUGCGCUAACUUUCUCAGAGGAGGAGAUGGAAGCUGUUAUGGGCGGAGGUGCCCACUAG